AUGUCUGAUCGCACCCCUUCCACAACCUUCCCAGCCGGACCUCUCUCACCUUCGUCACCCGCUGCCGGAUCUGCUCUUAAAGAGAGCCGCCAGCUCCCCGUCUCCUCGGACCAUAUUCCUCAAACCCCGACAUCGCCUCCGUUGAUGUCGGUCAGCGAUCAGAACAAUGUCUCCAACUUUACAUCCUCCCAAGCAUCACCGAAUCAGGCGACGACUCACCACCACCACCCUCCGCACACCUCCUCUCCUCCCUCUUCCACGCCCAUGUCAACCCAAGUCUCUCAGCAGGCGACUGUGAGUACGACGAACUCUUUUCCUACGCCGGCUAGCAGCGUGAGUGGCCAUCUAGCGAAUGCGACAUCAGCGGAAGACGCAGAUUUUAAAGCUUUGCCCGGGGGAACACAGGAAUCUACAAGAAACAUGGGCGACGGAUCAGAUUAUCAGACGACAGAACACAGACGAACCGAUCACGACCGGCAGCCUUUGGCGACUGCUUCGACGGUAGCUGGUGUCCGCGACUUUGCCACUGGGCUUACUUCAGACCCCGACGCCAUGGACCUAGAUAAGGAGCCUGCGUUGCACAGCGACACGCGAAAUCUCGGCUUAGACUCCCUUCAGAAGGAGUUCACUUCGGCCUUUCACCUUUGCAAGAGCUCGCCUAUUGCUACUGGUCCUGAUCCCUCGUGGGAUCUCAUAUCCCUCUACGGGCUUGGCUCAGUUGCGCAAUCGGUUGCACGAAUUCACCCCGUUACUGGCGAAAAGAUCAACCGGCUACGAAAGUCAUACGAAGGGAAAUUGAAGCCUAUGGGCCUUGCGGGUAAAAACAAGCCGAUCAAGCAGGACUCGAGCAAGGAGGGCAGCUUGAGGUAUCUAACGUUGUGGCCGGAGGAAGAAUGGCAGAACCAAAAGGUCUUUGGGAAGCAAAUCAAGACUGCAGAUAUGGACUCUGCGCUGCUCAGUCUCCAAACCAAUGCCAUGCAGCUGCAACCUGGUAUUGCACCGAACAAUGACUUCUGGGAGGAUGUGCUGGGCCUGGAGAAGCCGGCGAAGGCCCAGGGUCCCGGCGAUGCUGGCAAGAAGGCCGCGCCAACUCCAAGUGGCCGGCCUGCUACUCAAGCGAAUGUGACAAGUGGCGCGGGGGCUCAAGACUUGGGUGAUAGGGCACGUCCCAGCCGUGGUCGCAAGAGGCAUUAUGAUGAUAACAGCUUCGUCGGUUAUGGCGAAGGCUAUGCGGAUGAUGAUGAUGACACCGGUUUCUACUCCAAUGGAGAAGGAUCCGGCAAAAAGAAACGCAAGAAGGUUGGUCUCGCCGUGCAAUCUCCGUUGUAUGUGAACGUUGCAACCUAA